CAGAUUGGACAGGUGCCCCAAAAUAGACUCAGAUUCCCCUUAAAGUGAAAAUCUGUUUAUCAUCAAUCAAUAUUUAUGAAUGCUGCUCCAUUGACAAAGAAUUUAGAGACUGGACUUUUUGGUCUGAUGGACUGUUGAGCUUUGGCAUCCAAGCGAUAUUCAUCUCCUCCUAAAUCAAAGUGUCACUAAUCACUUAGUAUAGUCAAACCCCAGUAAAAACACCAUGAAGAACACCACAAACUCAAUCUAUUUUUUUUUUUUUAGGAUAUAUUUUUUAUUUUACCAGAAGUGUCACAACUUUGCAAGACUGGCUCAUGAGCAUAAAGCAUGUCUACACUAUGUAUUUAUUUUAGGUGUAUGGUGAUAAAUCAGUGAAUUCAGGGUGUCUUAUUUUUUUUUAAUUUUUUUUUUUUUUGAUCAGAAUAAAGCAAAUUACAUUUUUGUCCAGAAAAGUGUGCAGGCCUCAUUUAGCCCUGCUCAGGCUUUCCAGGCUGUACAAGAAAUAUAACAGCACAGCAACACAUAGGUGCACACACUAUUAUGCAGCUGCCCCAUCUUCCCCCUACAUUGGCUGCUUCUCUUAUUUUCUAUAUUUUUCCUGCUCCAUGCGCAAAAGUGGAUAUACUUGAUAAUCACUACUGUUAACAACUUUCUGGUGAGCUGUGACUUUCCUGCGUAGUCUAGCCACAAAUGCACACUCACACACAGACACACAUGUGUAGGCUCAUGUCAUGAGGUAAGCUCAUUCUGUCACUCAUUAUUAAUAGAGGAUUACAUUUAUUCCCAAUCCCAAACUCACACACACACACCACCCGCUUCGCACUCCAAGCCAAGCACACACACUGUCUGCCACGGACCAUCACAGGUAGCAAGGUAGUCAGGUAGUUGUGUGCAAUUAGUUGGUGAAAAAGGGACUUUUAUUUCUUGAAUAUUACAAGCCCAUGGAGGUGGACUGUCCAUCUGACUGCUGACAAAGGAUUUUACCAAACAACAGGAGAAUUUCUAUCUGACAAGAUUACCCAAGCAGCUUUAUAAACCCAAUUUCAUGACGAUGUUUCCUUGGUCGGCCGUAUUCUCCCUGGAGCCCAAAAUCCCCGGCCAGCGUACCUCUGAGGAGCUGGUCACCAACACUCUGAUGCUGGAGCUGGGGGCCAUGGUGAAGCGCACUGAGCGCAUCCGUCUAGAGAGAGCGUCGGAGGGCCGCCGCCGCCGCCGCAGCUCCUGCUCCAACGCUGACUACAGCUGGCUGGCCAAAACGCCAAACCCGCCGCCCUAUGAGCUGACACCCAAUGACCUGCUGGAGCUGCAGGACCUGUGUGCCAAGAUCCCUCCUCCACAGUGUGGCCCUGUGAUUGUCAGGUUCAGGAGGCUGGUGACGCAGAUGGAGCCUGAGGUCCACGAGGUUCCCCGGCUGUUCCGCACGGUGCUGCGUGAAUGCGUGGAGGAGAUGAGUGCCAGCGGUGACGUGGCGCCGCCGAACACUGUCUUAGAGAAGCAGCAGCGCAGCAAGAGCCUGUCCUUUGUCACCUUCCGCUCCAAGUUCCGCUCGGGGCAGGGCUUCUUCAAGGGCAGCGCCAUGGGGGGCUCCAGGGGGAAUCUGCAGCAGCAGGUGGAUUGGUCCGAUGAAGAGGAGGACACAGAGGCAGACGAGGAGGCGGCUAUCAAGGCCAGGGCGAGGAAGAUGAGGAGCAAGAGCAUGCCAGCGAUCACUCCUCUGGAGCAGAGCGCUCAGGGAUGAGGGGAGAGAGGGAAGGGAUGGAAGGAUGCAGGGAGAGUAGGGAAGACAUAAGGAAGAGGUGAGGAAGGGGGCACUGGGAGCAAAUAGGGGUCGGGAGGAAGGAAGGAACCAAAGGGAAGUGAGCGCCAAAGUAAAGGAGGUCAAGGAUCUUCCUUUUGGCCUUUUUCAGAACAGGGAAAAAAAGUCACUGCUGCAAGAGAGAGGGCUUAGAAGCAUUUGUUUACUUACAGGAAAUCAGUUUCCAUGACGAAUUCGAAGUCGUUUUAGUCCAUCCCAAAAGCACUUGUGCCAGUGUUUUGGCUUUGCGAUAUCUCAAGCAGCACUUGUUAGCAUUUUGUGAUACUAGUGGCUAAAACAAUCUUAGAAAACUCAUAUUCAUGUCAUUCUUCAUAGCAGAUAAUAUUAAGUAGACAAUGGAAUGAGCUGCAUGUGAUUUUUCAGAGGAGUGUGUUUAGCCUCAAUGGCAUGACUUGCAUUGCUAACAAAUCCUCAGAUGCUUCAGAUAUCAUGAUAACAAAACCACUGACGCAAGGGUUGCUUAGACUGAAACAAUUAGCUGUUCAUGAUAAAUCAGAUGCAAUUCUUAAAAAUCUGAACUGUCCCUUUUACAAAUGUCUUAUGCAACAGAUAGGAUGUACGUCCUGAAGUAGAUGGGGAAGUUCAUCUCAGGCCUCCUUGGUACAUUCAGCACAUUGCCACUCAAACCUCACAGCAGUCACAGUUUGGCUCUGGAUCACCAGACUCUUAGUGAAUGCUCUCAUAGAAAUGCAAGCAUAUCCCUUCUAGCAGAAAACAGCUAGACUCAUAUCUCACCUUCUGUUUUUUAUUGUCAAUAUUAUGGAUUUGGGAAAAAUACAAUGUUCUUAUUACUGCUAUGUGAUUAAAACAUUGCUUUUUUCACAAGA